UGACGCAUGCGUAUAGUUCUCCUAUUGGUCAAGGUAAUCACAUGAUGAUAAAUAUAGGAACUGCAUGUUUUGCAAUGAAAACGGGAACCAACGAUUAUAAUUAAUCGUAUCUGUGACAGACAUUGAUGACACUUAAACCGUGUAAAAUGAGACUGUGUUGGACUGCUUUAGAACUGUUCUCAUAGAUGUACUGCAUAACUAAAGAAUCGUGAUUACAAUAUAUACGUAUCUCAGUCGUGGUCUCACAUCGUACUGGCCAAAAUGAGUGUGAGGGCAUUGUGGAUUAUAACUCACGAGAAGGGAGAAUCUGUAGCAGUGCAGUUUUCCAGUAUUUUCACCCCUGAACAGGCGAUACCCAACAGUGGAACAUCGUGCUAAGUUUUUGGCAGGCUCCCUGUAUGUGACUGUUCCAGAGGAUGGUGCUGUGCUCCAGCUCCUACUCACUGAACUGGGCCUGUCAGAUCCUGACAAACCUUACAUGGCUCUAAGGGAUGACUGUUUUCACCAGCAACACUCACCUGCCCUGGAACUCCACGUUGAAGGCCCUGGUGGGGGUGUCCUCUGGCCAAUGUUGGCCAUUUCCCAGGGUCCUCUGAUCUUGGCUUGCCUGCCUCUGGUGGAUGCCCCCGCUGAAUCCCGACCUCCCUUGGCCAGUCUGUUCUCCGUCUCCCAGGGUCUCACACUGCUGGCGGGUUUACAGGCCUUCCUCCUUGGGUCUAAGGGUAAACCUGACAGUGAGGGCCUAGCAUCUCGCCUAGCCAUGAUGCCCUUUAUCCUCCUGCAAGUCUGCCCGCUUGGGACACCUCUGGACAUCCCCCAGCCUGGGGCCUCAACAGCACCAGCAGUGCCUACUCCUGCAGGCACCCAGAAACAGCCAGCCUGGAAAACAGGACUGCACCGUGGUCGAGCUGUGGUGAACGUAGCUUUAACCGAGAUGGUGCGGUCUAUGCAGUAUGGAAACCAAAGCAGGCAGGACCUCUGGGAUGUUUAUGGCACUGUGACCUGCAAGUGUGAGGUGGAAGGGGUCCUACCCAAUGUGACGGUCACUCUCACCCUGCCACCCAAUGGAUCCCCACUGCUGGAUGUCCAGGUCCACCCAUGUGUGUCUUCACUGGACGCCAGUAUUCUGACAGCCACGAGUGUUGAAGACUGUGACAGCUCUGCCUUCUCUGGUCCCUACAAGUUCCCUUUCUCCCCUCCCCUUGAGCCUUUUAGGCUCUGCAGCUACACGUCUCAGGUUCCAGUGCCACCCAUCCUAGGCACUUAUCAGCUGAAGGAAGAAGACAAUCAGCUAUGUUUGACAGUGAGUCUCAAACUUCAUGAGAGUGUAAAGAACGGCUUUGAGUACUGUGAGGCACAUCUGCCAUUCUUUAACAGGAAUCAGAUGGGUAAUGUGAACGUGAAGGUGACUUCAGGGCAGCUUGAUGUAUCCAAGGAGAAAAACCUGCUGGUCUGGGUAAUCGGUCAAAAGUUCCCGAAAUCCCGUGAGGUGUCACUAGAGGGCGCUGUGGGUUUCUCAGGUCAACUACCAGGACCUACAGAUCCUCUUUGUACUGAUCUUACAGCUUACAUUAAAUUGCACUUCAGAGUGCCAGACAUGACUCUGUCUGGAUGCUGUGUGGACCAACAUUCAGUGCAGGUCUAUUCCUCUGCAAAACCUCGUAUAGUUACAUCUCGAGAGCUGUUAUCGUCAGAGUAUUACAUCUGGAACUCAACAGGCACUGCACCACUGUCCUCUGGUCACAUGAUGCUGUGAGAUGGGACUCUACAAUAUAGAUCAGCACCGAUUAAAUAUCUGGGAUGGACAAAUUGUGAUGGAUCUCCGUAGCGCAAUAUUACAGCAAGACUCCGAUACUGCUCAGGACUCUGGUGUCAAGGUCUAAUCUAUGAAUCAGACUGAAUCAUUGUGAAAUUAAUGGUAUAAUUACUGUGACUGAAUGAUCUUUUGGUUCUAUCUUUGACAGUCUUGGUCUAAUCUAAGAUGCAAAAUGCAGUUUUUCAUCUCACCUGAAUCAAUCACUGAUCAGUCCCUUUUUCAGUGAAAGAAUGUGUAUUAUUUUGCAAGACUAGGGUUUAAAUCAUGUUUAUGGAUUAGCCAAGGGGUCCCGCAGUGGGAGGUACAGCCCAGUCCUUGUUUGGGGGUUAGUGAUUGAAUAUGGUUGACUUGCCUAACUGUUCUCUACCAAUUUCUUGUGGCGUCUUGGGUAUAUGUGAGCUCCAGUUGGAAGGCCAGAGAUUGCAUUCCUUCCAUUUUGUAAGGAUUGCAGUCUAGACAUCCUGAUUAAGCAAGCAGUGAUAAAACAAGAAUGACAUUGGUUGUGGUUCGGAAGACAUGUUGACAUUGACUGUCCUGAGUUCGCUGGGAGUGGAAGUGAUGAAGCAUGGCCUUAAUUGUCAUCAAGUUGUCAAGAAACAUUGAAAAAAUUUAACAAUGUGCCUUAUUAAAUGAAGAUGAUGGUUAUGCUGUGGAAUUCUAAUAAAGAUUGCUACUCUGUAGUAAUAUUUAUUAUUCUUA